GAGACGGAGUGGGUACUGUACGUGUUCAACGCGGGUGCCGGCGGGGACGGCACUCCGAGCUCGGAGGUGGUCCCCCUGCCGCCUCUGGUGCGGGAUAUGCUAUCGAACACCGAACAACGGCCAGAGUACUACAGACAGCGGGCCAUAUACGCCCAGUCGGUGUUCAUGAUCCAGCGCAACAUGGAGCUCCUCAACCUGCGGGAGCGGGCGCGACACGUGCACAUGAUGUCUCUGGCGAUGUCUCUGUCCCGUCUCUCCCGUCUCUCGGAGCGCCUCGUCUCCGAUCUCUCCCGUCUCCAGGCGGCAACGGACCUGUUCCUCGCCUCUCUGGCCUGUGACGAGGACAGUUACCUCAAACAGGCGGCAGCCGGAGGAGUCACCUCUGAUGACGCGUACCGCCGUUGGCGGGAGGCCGGCGACCACGUCCGUCGUCGGCUCGAGCAGCACCGCCAGAAGGCCCAGCAGUUGACGGCGCAGAUCACAGAGGUCCGACGGCAGGGCGCAGAGCUGCAGAGGCUCCCCGACGGCCAGCACAAGCCCGACGACCUCCGAGUCUUCUACAACAAGGCGUGUCUGGCUUACGACAGCCACCGGCGCCGACCGAAGGAACAGCGCAGCCGCUGCUCCAGCAAUCUGGACAUGAUACGGAUCGUGGCCAAGUUCCUGGUACACCGCGAUCAGCCCUUCAAAUACGUCCACCAGGCCGUGUGUGACCAGCAGAAGGUGGAGAGGUACGCCCUGGCCCUGUUCCAGCCGCUGACAGAGACGCUGGAGGGACUCCAGCGCGGCCUGGACAUCGUCACUCGAUUCCAGAAACAGCGCCAGGCCGAGAUCUGGAACCUGAUGCGGAUCGUGCUGCUGGGCCGGCUGGCGGCGGCCACCCCGGCGGUGGCGGACGGCGCCCCCGCCUUAUCCGCCGCCCCCGCCCCCGCCCCCGCCCGGGCGGCGGGAGGUCAGUCGGUGGAGGAGCUGCUCACUACGGGACCUGACGAGAACUCCAACCCCCGGCCCCCGGCCCCAGGCGGUAUCUCGGACGCGCUCUCGCUGUCCGGCCUGCUCGACUCGGCGACACUAGAGACAUCUGACGCCGUCUCGGAGAACCUCAACCUGCACGCCGAAAUCAGCGAGCUGCUGCGGGCUGCCGACACCGUGCCGCCACCUGACGGCGAGAACAUAGACUGGAGCUUCCUCAACUAGCCGCUGGCGGCGCUGCAGUCGCCGUGAGUGUCCGCUGCGGCCGACUAUGAAAAACCAGGGUCAGUUCGGGUGGGCGACGACAGCCUCUUUUCGAGACUGUACGUACGCGUCUGUGUGGUGUCCGGGACUGUACCGCAGUCUGAGUGCCUUGUGUAAAAUGAUGCCGGCCAGUGCCAUAAUGAUUAUAAUUAUGGCCCCCUAUGCAGUUUUAAUGAGCGAUAAAUUUUGUUUAAGGCCAUAGAGACUAGAGUGUUACGCGUGUGUGUAGGUGGAUACAAGUCGAGCUCAUGAGAUCCUUGGGCUGGAAAUGAUGCUUUGCCGGCUGUUUUAGGUUAGACUGGUGAUUGUGAUAUGGGCCGAGGCAUUUCACAAUACUUUUAUUGAUUUUAGUGUGCGAUUUCCAGCUUUUGCGCGCUCGUUUAUCCUUUAGAUGAUAUUUUUACAUAAGGUGGUCAUAGUGAUUGACUUCAUUCAAUGAAUGAUGACCGUCUACGGUAUAUCAUGAUUAUUACCGCUCUUUUCGAGGUUUGUGACAGUCACUCGCCCUUUGCACAAUGUUACUCUCUUUUUACCCUCAAUUUUCAUUUGAACAACAUUUUGUGUGUGAGACCAUAGAGAUCUUAUAUGUAUAUAAGAUAUCUAUGUGUGAGACAGCCGGUGCUGAAAAUAAUUUGUUCUUAUUUUAUGAGAAGUCACUCGGCUUAUUUCAUGCUAAGUUCAGAUCGACCAAUGCUCGUUUAAGCUGUUCAUUCAAGGGUUUCGUUUGGCUUUUAAUCGGAGGGGCUUCUCCAGUCUUGUUUACUGUAGCUUAGAGUAGCUCAGAAACUCACCAUGUUUUUUCUAGUUGAUUGCCCAUGCUGUUUUUCGUGUUGCUGGUUGAGAGGUAACUGAAAGAAUUGCCUUACACGCGAUCAACGCAUAACUGCACUUGAAGAACAUUGCUCUAUGAAAAUGUUUGUCAAAUCGAGAUAUGAUAAUGGAUGAGAAAUGAGAUCGUUUUUAGUGGUGAUUAUAAGUGGAUGAGCUCGACAAUUCCAUUUUAGUUUCGUGCUGCCAUUGCGAUACUUAUUGCGGAAAUAUGAUAAAUGUUUCAUGUUUCUUAGAUAUCCUAGGUUUGCUGGUUGUGUAAAUGUCCAUAUCGUCUAUCUAAAUGACCAUGCUUUCAAUGUUUUUGUACGAAGAAUAUUUGUGAUGUUUUUUUCGUGCUACAACAUGAUGUAAUAAUCGCCUUCCUGAUUAUGUUAUGGCUAUCAAAUAUCGAGGCUAUAUUA